CUCAGAAACUCUGUGAAAACAUCAAUGGAGGAGGAAGUAAUAAACACAAACACUUGGUUUGAUGGGUCAUCAUGGGAUGAUGACUUUCUGAGAGAGCUUCUCUAUGACGAUUCACCUGUCUUUGCAGCAGAGCCAGAUAAUACAACAAGCUUAACUGAUUUCCAAAAACCAAGAUUUACUGACGAAAACAUCAUCAAACAGCUUAUCUCCAAUGUGUAUUCAGGGCCAACGAUUGGAGACAUUGAAAGUGCUCUGUCGGUGACCGCAACCAGACAAGAUCAUGUCCAAUCUCAUCAGUCCAGGAUUUCAACGUUUGAAAGGAAUAUGAGUAAGAUUGAGCAUAAGUAUACUCUGAAGAUCAAGAGCUGUGGAUAUGGGAUGGCUGAUGAUGGAUAUAAAUGGAGGAAGUAUGGGCAGAAAUCAAUCAAAAACAGCCCCAAUCCUAGGAGCUAUUACAAGUGCACCAAUCCAAGAUGCAGUGCCAAAAAACAGGUUGAAAGAUCCAGUGAAGAACCGGAUACCCUCAUCAUCACCUACGAAGGCCUACAUUUGCACUUCGCUUACCCAUAUUUCUUCGCGGCCCAGCCUCAGAACAAGAAGCCCAAGAAGUCAGCAGAAAAUCCAAUCCACGAAGAGCAAAAAACAACAGAGGCCGAAGAAGAUACCGUGGUCAAUAGUUCUCAUGGGCCACAAGGCCCACAACUAAUUGCGUCACUGGACGAGCUGGCCCAAGAAGACAUUAGCCCACAAGGAUUGCUUGAAGACAUGGUGCCUUUAAUGAUUCGGAAACCACCGUGUGGUAUUAGUGUCUCUUCCAACUCCUCUUCUCCUUCGUCUUGCCCGUCUCCUCCUACUUCAUCUUCUUCCCUUUCUUGGUCUCCUAAUUAUUUAUCUUCAUUAUUUGAUUUCGCUAUAAAUAAUUAAAUACUACAAUUAGGUGAAGGCCCAUUAACGGGUUUGAUGUAUCUAAACGAUGCCGUAUAAGAAUGAUGAUGUUAGAUGAAGUUUCUUUACUAAUGUAAUGUCAUUGUGUGAAAACAAGGAGCAUGGGU